ACACUGGUAAUUUUAUGCACAGCAUAAAAUGCGUUUUAUAAAAACGUAUGAAGAAAAAAAUAAGACCUCCCCUUUGUAAAUAAUGGUUUAGCCCAACAACGUGAAGCCAGUCAAUAGAAAAACUAACGUCUUGUUGUAUAAAAGUGUGGAUUUAAGUUCGGGACGAAUGCUAGCUCAUAUCAGUGUUUUACAAUGUUAUUUUUUUUAAAUCGAUGUCUAUAAUAAAUAGAUAAAAAUGAAAAGCCUUAAAUCCACAAACUAUGUAAUUGUAUCGUUCUAACUUGUAUUAAACCAGAGACUUUUAUUUUGAAUUUAGCCUUUACCUUUGUUGACAUUUUUAUCUACACCGGCUUCAUUCAUCAUGUGUAGCAUCAUUUAGCUCUACUUUUCUGCACUAAAUACUCAAAUGUGCCAGACAAGGUCUGAAGAAUAUAUAUGACAGUAAGACCACCAAUUAAGAUGGAAGAAAGGCAGUAUUCAUCUCUGACGGCUCCUAUGGAUUAUCUUCAGUACUGGUACCAAACCAAUGCUCAGCAGUACCAGGCAGAGCAGGUGCCGCAGCACCACCAGAUGGUUAAUGCCACCCAAUAUGCCGAGGACAAAAUCAUGACUGAUUUAGCUGUGCAUCAAGAUCCAUAUCUGGAUCCACCUCAGCAGCCUCAUCAACUCUAUGCCCAGCCACCAGCCCCUCCGACAACUCCAGCAAAAGGAAAGAAAAGGGGAAGGCCUCCAAAAGGGGAAGGAAAGGAAAAGACAGAAGCCGAAGAGUCUGCUAAGAAAGCAAAGAGGACGUUAGAUCGGUUCAACGGGAUGUCAGUGGAGGAAGUCAUGGCAAGAAAGCUGCCAGACGUCAUCACGCAUAAUCUCGACAUGCUGAUUAUCGGCAUCAAUCCUGGACUGUUGUCAGCCUACAAGGGACGGCAUUAUCCAAAUCCUGGGAACCAUUUUUGGAAGUGCUUAUUUCUUUCCGGGCUGACCGAAGAACAGCUCAACCACAUGCACGAUCAGACGCUACCUGAACGCUACGGCAUUGGAUUCACCAACAUGGUGGAGAGGACUACACCUGGAAGUAAAGACUUAUCAAACAAAGAGAUUCGUGAAGGUGGCCACCAGCUUUUGGAAAAGCUUCAAAAGUACAGACCUUUAAUCGCUGUGUUCAACGGAAAAUGUAUUUAUGAAAUAUUUUGCAAGGAGAUUUUCGGAGUGAAGGCUAAGAACUUAGAGUUCGGAUUGCAGCCUUACAAAGUGCCAGAAACAGAGACGGUUUGCUAUCUGAUGCCAUCAUCAAGCCCACGCUGUGCCCAGUUUCCUCGCGCUCAGGACAAAGUGCACUUCUUCAUCAAGUUAAAAGAGCUCAGGGAUCAAAUGAAAGGAGUGGUGAGGACUCAAGAGGUCCAAGAGACAGACUACACAUUUGAUGUGGCUCUGGCCAAAGAGGAUGCCAAAAGAUUGGCAAUCAAAGAAGAGCAGCAUGACCCGGGGUACGAGGAAACCUGUGCACAUGGAUCACAGGGGCAACCACAGCAAGAGUUUGGGCUCCAUCCUUCUACAGAUACAGACCAGGACAACCGGUGGACAAUGCAGCCGUUUGCAGACCAGAUUCCAGACAUCAGAUAUAGCAACAACAACCGAACAGCCUGAGAAAAGUAGUUAUCGCACAAAGACUGUUGUCUACACUGUUACGUACUGAGAAGGACCAACUAAACAUGUUUUAAAUUGUUUUAUUUAAUAUGUUUUGGCUGUUUCUGAAUGAUUGAUUCUGAGUUGUUACCUGAAUUAUUUAAUGUAUGUGAUUUCAGUGUGUGAACGUGUGAAUGAACAUGAAAUGUGAGACUUUCUGAUUGAGACAUUUGUUCAUUUUGUGCCUCUAUUUUGAUCCUUUUAAGGAAACUUCAGUCAUACACUACCGUUCAAAGGUUUGGGGAGUGUUUUUUUUCACUUUUCAGCAAGUAUGCUUUUUAAAUAAAUGCUGUUUCUUUGAACACAAAAAAGUUUACAUAAUUUAAUGUUUAAAUAAUAGGAAAUAUUACUUGAGCAGCAAAUCUGCAUAUUCGAAUGAUUUCUGAAGGAUCAUGUGACACUGAAAACUGGAGUAAUGAUGCUGAAAAUUCAGCUUUGCAUCACUGGGAUAUAUUCCAUUUCAAAAUAUAUUCAAAAAGAUAACAGUUAUUUUAAACUGCAAUAAUAUUUCACAAUAUUACUGUUAAUGUUACUGUAUUGUAGGUCAAAUAAGAGACUUUUUUUUUUUUUUUUUUUUUUUUAAAUCUUACCCAAACUUUUGAUUGGUAACGUAUUUCCCGUUUACUGAAGUUAUGCGUUUUUGUGACAUUUGGAUUUUUUUUAUAUAUCGUUAUUUUAUUUCAGUGCAACAGAUUUCUAAUGCAAACCACGGCUGGACUCUGGAAGACGUUUAUCACUGUGCAUGUCUUCAGUGCAUGGAUUUAUAGUAGUAUUGCAGAUGGCAUGCUCAGUCCCACAUUAUGGUGCUUAUUCACUCAGUUUACCUCAUUUUGAAUGCCAUUUUUAGACUUUUUAGAAUUGUGUUUUGUUAUUUUGCAUCAGUGUGCAUACCUGUUUAGUACCAUUUAUACUUGUUUUGUUACAUCGUAAUAAUCCAGCUUCAUUUUUGCUGUGAGAAUUAUGUACUAUGUAUGUCAUUUUGUAAGUUGUAUGUUAUUUUUUUAUAUGUAAGUAUUAUUAAUGGAACGGUUUAAGGGCCAAAUAAAAGCAAAAUGUGACCCUGGACCACAAAACCAGCCAUAAGUGUCAAUUUUUCGAAGCUUUCCAUUGAUGUAUAGUUACAACUAUUUGAAAAUCUGUGGGUGCAAAAAAAAGUCACCUUUAAAGUUGUUCAAAUAAAGUUCUUAGCAAUGCAUAUUACUAAUCAAAAAUUGAGUUUUUAUAUAUUUACGGUAGGAAAUUUACAAAAUAUCUUAAUGGGACGUGAUCUUUACUUAAUACCCUAAUGAUUUUGGCAUAAAAAAUUUAAAAAAUAUAUAUACCAGUGCUACUCAAGACUGGUUUUGUGA